CGACCAACCAAACCCAAGCCUAUAUUGCCUGUCGACUUUUCUCUCUCUCUCUCUCUGGUCUCAGGCACACAACGUUACUCUCUCUCUUUCUCUCUCUCUCUGAUUCGGCUUCUUCAGCUUCAGAGAAAUCCAGUUCUAACCGUAGAUCGUGCUUUUGUUUUUGUGCCGAAGAAGCCACUUCUCUACUUGCGGUUCUUCUUCUUCCUCCAUUUUAUUCGAUUCGCUUGUUGCAAAAUUCUUUAAGUGAGGGAGAGGAUGUCGGGUGGCACGCAGAAGAGUCUGAGAAAGGCACUUGGGGCACUUAAGGACACCACAACAGUCUCAUUAGCUAAGGUCAACAGUGAUUACAAGGAAUUGGACAUUUCUAUAGUUAGAGCCACAAACCAUGUUGAACGUCCAGCGAAGGAAAAACACAUAAGAGCUAUUUUUGCAGCUAUCUCAGCUACAAGACCUAGAGCUGAUGUUGCCUAUUGCAUCCAUGCUCUUGCCCGGCGGUUAUCAAAGACACAUAACUGGGCAGUUGCUUUGAAAACUUUAAUUGUUAUUCACCGUGCUCUAAGGGAAGUGGAUCCUACAUUUCAUGAAGAACUCAUUAAUUAUGGGAGAAGUAGAAGUCAUAUGCUCAAUAUGGCUCAUUUUAAAGAUGAUUCCAGUCCAAAUGCAUGGGAUUAUUCUGCAUGGGUGCGCACUUAUGCAUUAUUUUUGGAGGAGAGGCUGGAAUGUUUUCGUGUGUUGAAGUAUGACAUCGAGGCAGACCGCCCUAGGACCAAAGAUCUGGAUACUGCAGAACUAUUAGAGCAGUUGCCAGCUUUACAACAACUUCUUAAUCGAGUUAUUGGCUGCCAGCCACACGGGGCAGCUGUAAAUAACUUUGUCAUUCAGUUAGCACUCUCAAUGGUUGCUUCAGAAAGCAUUAAAAUUUAUCAAGCUAUUAGUGAUGGCACAGUCAAUAUGGUUGACAAGUUUUUUGAGAUGCAACGCCAUGAUGCUCUGAAAGCUCUUGAUAUAUACAGGAGGGUUGGGCAGCAGGCUGAGAGACUGUCAGAGUUUUAUGAAAUAUGCCGUAAUCUUGAUGUUGGCCGUGGAGAGAAGUUUAUUAAAGUCGAACAGCCCCCUUCAUCAUUUCUGCAAGCUAUGGAAGAGUACGUCAUAGAUGCACCCCAGGGACCUAUAGUUCGUAAGGAUCAGUUUAUUGAAAACAAAGAAGUUUUAGCUAUUGAAGAUAAAAAGACAACAGAAGUGCAGGAGGAACGUCCACCCUCACCUUCACCCUCACCUCCUCCACCUCCUCCUGCUGAACCUGUGAAAGUGGAAGCACCACCAGUGCAACCACCACCUGAUCUAUUGAAUUUGGAGGAUCCGGUUCCAGCUGCUUUAGAGUUGGAAGAGAAAAAUGCAUUGGCUUUAGCCAUUGUUCCCAUUGCCGUUGAACAGCCUUCUGCUGUUUCAAAUCCAGCAAACGGAACUACAGGAUGGGAAUUAGCACUUGUUACUGCUCCUAGUUCAAAUGAGAGUGCUGCGGCAGCUAGCAAACUGGCUGGAGGUUUGGACAAGCUUACUUUAGACAGUCUUUACGAUGAUGCACUAAGGAGAAACAACCAAAAUGUCAGCUAUAAUCCAUGGGAGUCAGCACCGGUGGGAAACACAAUGCAACCAACAAUGCAUGAUCCAUUUUUUGCAUCUAAUGCAGUUGCUGCUCCACAUUCUGUUCAGAUGGCUGCUAUGUCCAACCAGCAGCAAGCUUUCAUGUAUCAGCAGCAGCAGCAAAUGAUGAUGAUGGCCCCUCAGCAACAAUCAGUAAAUCCUUUCGGAAAUGCUUAUGGAGCCACUGUUCACCCUUAUGGCUCAGGUAUGCCUGUUCAAUCAUACAAUCCAUAUACAGGUCUCAUCUAGGCAUUUCCUGAGGAAAAGAAAAACAAAUCCUUAAUAAGCUCGAGGAAGAAAAGAAAUGGGUACUCUGAUUACUCAGCUUUCGGUUGGGAAAGAAGAAGAAUAGACUUGUAUCAUACGUUGUGUGUGGCAUAGUUAGCUAGAGUGAAAAUUCUUUUUGAAUAAUUAGCAGCAGAGGGAGGGUUUUGAUUAUAUGAUUUUUUAUGUACAAGGUAAAUUGAUAAUGAGCUUUGAUUAAAACCACUUAGUUUCUUUUGUUCCUGAUUGAUCACUUCAACGCUUUAGCAGAAAAUUUGAUAUAUUGGAAUUUGUUGUUCUCA